AAAAAACCGGUUAGUUUUUUUUCCUCAUCCCUGCCGCCGUCUCCUCGCCUCCGCCGAGAACUCGCGGCUGCCCUUGCCAGCUCACUUCCUCCACCGGCGGCUCCCCCCUCGCGGCGCCCAUCGCCCCCAUCGCCGCCGCACGGCCACGCCUCGCGUCGUCAUAGUCGUCUUCCUCGAUCAAUCCGCUCCGCUCCGUCUUCCUUCGAUCCAUAGGAUUCGAUAGCAAUUGGCGAAGAUGCUGGGCGGAUUGUACGGCGACCUCCCGCCGCCGUCGUCCUCCGCCGACGAUGACAAGCCCUCCGCCGCCGGCUGGUCCAGCGCCGCCAAGAUGGCGCCCCCCACCCUCCGCAAGCCCCCCGCCACCUUCGCCCCACCCCCCUCCGUCCUCCGAAACUCCCGCCCCGCCCCCAAGGCCCCCGCCGCACAACCGCCUCCGCCGCCGACCCUCCCCAUCGAAACCACCACCUCCACCUCCUUCCAGCCUGCCCUUGUCGCCGUCCAGUCCACCGUGAUGGAGGAGUACGACCCGGCCAGGCCCAACGACUACGAGGACUACAGGAAGGACAAGCUCAAGAGGGCCAAGGAGGCCGAGGUCAGGAAGGAGCUCGAGCGGCGGCGGCGCGAGGAGGAGGAGAGGGAGAGGGAGCGUGAGCUCAGAGAGAGGGAGGGCCGCGACGCCCUGAACAUAUCCGGCGAGGAGGCCUGGAAGAGGAGGGCCGCAAUGAGCGGCUCUGCCGCGCCGAGGCCGUCCUCCUCUCCUCCCCAUGGAGACGGCUUCGCUAUUGGGAACUCGUCUUCCUCUGGGCUGGGCCUUGGCGCCGGCGGACAGAUGACCGCCGCGCAGAGAAUGAUGGCCAGGAUGGGGUGGAAGGAAGGCCAGGGGCUCGGCAAGCAAGAACAGGGAAUCACCGCGCCUCUAGUGGCUAAAAAGACUGAUAGGAGAGGAGGAGUAAUUGUGGACGAAAACAGCUCCAAGCAAGAAAAGAAGCCAAAAUCUGUCAACUUUGAUGGCCCUCCGACACGAGUUCUGCUCCUCCGUAAUAUGGUUGGUCCAGGUGAGGUUGAUGAUGAGCUGGAGGAAGAAGUGGCCUCAGAGUGUAGCAAGUACGGGACGGUGUUGCGCGUGCUGAUAUUUGAGAUCACUCAGGCGGACUUCCCCGCCGAAGAGGCCGUGAGGAUCUUCAUACUGUUUGAGAGGGCGGAAGAAGCAACCAAGGCGAUGAUUGAUCUGGAAGGGCGCUUCUUUGGCGGGCGGGUGGUGCGUGCCACUUUCUUUGAUGAGGAGAGGUUUGGGAAGAACCAGCUUGCCCCCAUGCCAGGUGAAGUUGCCGGCUUCGACUAGGCUGACAAUUUUAUGCAGCGGUAGCAAAUGGAGAUGUAAUCUUACGCUGGACUAAUAUGCAGUUUUUCUUUUUUUUUUUCUUUUGCCGUAGAUUGUUAUGCGGUUGUUGCAUUACUGUGCUGCAACUAGACUAGAGCAUAUGCAUGAUGGUCCAUUGUAAUAUUUAGAUGUUUUUACCUGUGUGUGCUUGUUUCGAAUGGCAUAGCGUAACACGUGAAGCUUCAGUUUUUCACCC